AUGGAGGUGCGGCCGGAGCGCGCGAAGGCAGCGGCGGCUAAAGCGCUCAGAAGAUUGCACGGGAUCAUAGAGAAGCGUCAGGAGAAUGGGGAGACAAUCGAGCUGUCAGCAGAGGGACGUCCCGAGCUGGUGGAGGAGAAGGAGCCCCCGGUGGUGGACUGCACCUGUUUUGGUCUGCCUCGCCGCUACAUCAUCGCCAUCCUCUCAGGCUUGGGCUUCUGUAUCUCCUUUGGCAUCCGCUGCAACCUGGGAGUGGCCGUGGUCAGCAUGGUCAACAACCACACCAUUUACAGAGGAGGCAAGCCCAUCAACGUGAAAGCUCAGUUUCAGUGGGAUCCAGAGACAGUAGGAAUGAUUCAUGGAUCCUUUUUUUGGGGUUACAUCGUUACUCAGAUUCCUGGAGGAUUCAUCUGUCAGAAAUUUGCUGCCAACAGGGUGUUUGGGUUUGCGAUCGUUGCUACAUCAACGUUGAACAUGUUGAUCCCAACAGCAGCACGUAUUCACUACCUGUGUGUGAUUAUAGUGAGAGUGCUACAGGGACUGGUGGAGGGUGUGUCUUACCCAGCAUGCCAUGGGAUCUGGGCCAAAUGGGCUCCGCCCCUGGAGAGAAGCCGAUUGGCUACAACAGCAUUCUGUGGCUCGUAUGCUGGAGCUGUGAUUGCCAUGCCGUUAGCGGGAGUGUUAGUGCAGUACUCCGGCUGGUCCUCAGUCUUUUACGUAUAUGGUAGUUUUGGGAUCUGCUGGUAUAUGUUCUGGAUUCUGGUCUCCUAUGAGAGUCCAGCUGCUCACCCCACCAUCACGCCUGAGGAGAGGAAAUACAUUGAGGAGGCCAUCGGAGAGUCCGCCGGCCUCCUCAACCCACUCACGAAAUUUAACACUCCCUGGAGGAAGUUCUUCACCUCCAUGCCUGUGUAUGCCAUCAUUGUGGCAAACUUCUGCCGGAGCUGGACCUUCUACCUGCUGCUCAUCAGCCAGCCAGCGUACUUUGAGGAAGUGUUCGGCUUUGAGAUUAGCAAGGUGGGUAUCCUCUCCGCUCUCCCCCACCUAGUGAUGACCAUCGUGGUGCCUAUUGGAGGUCAGCUGGCUGACUAUCUGCGCUCUAACAACAUCAUGACCACCACCACUGUCCGCAAGCUCAUGAACUGUGGUGGGUUUGGGCUGGAGGCUACCUUCCUGCUGGUGGUUGGAUUUUCUCACACUAAGGGUGUGGCCAUCUCUUUCCUCGUAUUGGCUGUGGGAUUCAGUGGCUUUGCUAUCUCAGGGUUUAAUGUGAACCAUUUGGAUAUUGCUCCACGCUAUGCCAGCAUCCUGAUGGGCAUCUCUAACGGAGUGGGCACUCUGUCAGGGAUGGUGUGCCCACUGAUCGUAGGUGCCAUGACUAAACAUAAGACUCGGGAGGAGUGGCAGUAUGUGUUUCUCAUUGCUUCCUUGGUUCAUUAUGGCGGUGUUAUCUUCUAUGGUAUUUUUGCAUCUGGAGAGAAGCAGGCAUGGGCGGAGCCGGAAAACACCAGUGAGGAGAAGUGUGGAAUUCUGGGAGAGGACGAGCUAGCGGAUGAAACAGAAGAGCUCUACCGGACUGGGGGUGGUGGCUAUGGAGCCACCAGCCAAGCAGGCGACCCAAAUGGGGCGGGGACUGGAGGAGGUGGGGGUAAAUGGGUCUCUGAUUGGGACAAGACAGAGGAGUACAUCCAGCCAGCCGGGACGAACAGCUACUUGUACGGAGCAGAGGAGGAGAGAGAGCUUACAUAGACAUAGAGAAAAAGAGAGAGAGAGAGAAGAGAGAGAGAGAGAGGGGUGUAAAUCUCUGACCUCACAGAAAUUUAAUUACGAUUCUUUAGGAAACUUUUCACUGCAUCAGUCUCAAAUUGCACCACAAUUCGAUUAGGUUAUUUUGGUAUGAUUCGGACUUAUUUAAAAAAAAUCACUUAACCUACAAAUAUAACUGAAAGAACCAUUUACACGGUAGUGGAAUAUAGAUAACACCAGUGAUACACCACGCCUUUUAUUGUUUUGGGUUUUUACUCUUGAAAGUAGCCAGAGAAAGGUAAAGUGAAGAAACCCCAUUUACUGUGGUCAUUUUUAACACAGUGAAAGUUCCUUACUUUACCUUUUUUUAAAUUUCUAUAAAGCAUUUAUUUACUUAUUCUGCCAGCCGUUUUGUGAUGGUUCCUAACUCUAAAGUGAAUACAGGAGUAACCACGGUAAUAGAAUGAGUUUAGGCUUAAUC